GCAUUUUGUGUGUUCUUAACGGACGCCAAACGCGGACAACUUCGCGGGAUCGAAGCUCCUCUGUCGCGGUACUCCUCUGUCGACGGGAGUAGAAUAGGCUUAUAAAUCUUUAGCUUACGUCUGUCUCACAUUUAGCAGCAUUUCAUGUGCUACUGUACUGUAUAUUAACUGAUACUUAGAAAGUUUUAUCCGUAUAACCCACGUGUUGGUCUAGCUUUUCCGUUGAAUCAAAGUUUAUCGAGUUAAUGAAUUUCAAAACCCGUGUGAUCAAUUUCUUUUUUAGCUCAAUUAGAUUUCCGACCAUUAUUUGAAAAUCAUUCAAAGCUGCUGCUGCUGUUUCUCUUAAUCGUCUAUGAGUAGUCAACGAGAAUGUUUUGCUAUGUUUUCUUUCUUUCAGAGGUCAAUGCCUAAACGCGGAGGGGUGAUACUUGUCAAGCAUGCUCGAGCAGUGCUGUGCAUGCAGAUAUCUACAAGAGCACCGGUUAGUCACAUUUGGAGAAUUCUAGAAGCUACACAAGCGACUUUUCCGUAAAGUCAUCUCCUUCGUAAUUAAACUUCUAUGUGGUUUGUGACGGUAGUGCUUAAGCGUCGGUAAAACUAUCCAUUGAGCUUUUUCAUGAGUAUUUAAGAACUCGCACAGUGCUCCUUUCAUAAUUUAUAUUAUUUGCCUGUUAAUUGGGCAAAUGUUGUUCUUUUUAGUUGGUGGAAUUGAAUGCAGAAUGAAGUCUUCCCCUAAGAAAAGAAAAAAACUGGUAAAAGUACACAGCAGCAUCCAACAUCACUAAGGUAAGAAACCCUUAUUUUUAUCAAUUAUUGUAUGAAAGACUUCUUUUUUGUUAAUGGCGGGUGGCCUCCCAACGAUUUAUUGUUGUUGUCCUAGGUCACACUUUAACAUUUAUGUGUAUCGUUUGUUAUCCUCCCUUGUAGAAUUAGAGACUAUGUAGCCUGUAUCAGGCUUUCAGAUGGUAUAUUAGGGAAGUGAAUAAAAAGGAAUUCGAAUAAAAGAAGCAACACCUUUUACUAAACAACUAAACGACUGCACUAAUUUGUUGGAGCCUGGAAGAGGCUAGACACUAUAUAGAGUCUGUGCAAAUGCUAUGUCACAAAGCUGUGUAAAACCUAUAUGAAUGAGUUAUUCAUUGCUUUUACCAGAUCCUAUGCUUUUUCCAUGCCAGGACUAUUCUUUUGCAUCAGAAAUGCUAUGUUUUUGGUAGUUAAAUGGAACUUUAUAAAAGCUAUGCAGAUUUUAAACGUGGAGUAGAUGGAGAAAUGACAUAGUUACCACAUAGCCUAGACAUAUUAUUUACUUAGCUUUUUGAAAAAGAUUUCAGACCUCAUAGUAAACUCUUAUAGUCAUGAAAUAACAUUCAAAUAGGAAAAUCAUAGAAAAUAAAUAGCCUUUAUAUACGACUGAAAUAGAGUUUACAUGUAUGUAGUUCAUUUGCAAAAUGGAAUGGGGAACAGUUGACUAAUAUAAGGGUGCAUUUCUUUACUACAACCAAAUUAGGAUUUUUAGUCUGAAAAUGGAUAUUUUGUUGCUUUACUAAAAUCAAAAAAUGGAUUGUUGAUCCUAAUGAUCCACAAUAGAGAUGGCUUGUUUGGAUCAUCUCUGAAACUGGGUACUUUGGAUACAUGAUCUGAAGCGUUUCUUUACUAAUCAUCUGAAAUAGUGUAAACAGCCAGGGGUAACUCGAAACAAUUUAAAUACAUAGAGCAGCUGUUUGAGAACACUGCUCAUCUUUUAAGGAAAUUUUUGAACUCAAGGCAUGGAUUAAAUGAUCGAUUUUAUCCGUUUCAUCAGGUUAGUAACAUCGCAAUACAAACAGGACCUGUAUUGUUCUAGUUCACAAGGACUAAACAGGGCUCGAAAUUGCGACUGAUACAGUCCCCAAUUUCUACCGAAAUUCACAGCUCUGUGACGGCGCAAAAUAUCAGAAGCCCUGACUAUGAGCUGUGUCAUUUACAUUAUACAAACUGGCGACUGAAAAUUUGCAUCUGGCGACUAUAUUUCUCCAGUUGCUCGCUAAAAGGUGACUUGGGGAUUUUUUUAAUUUUGAGCCCUGACUAAAGGUUUCUGUAUCCUUGAAUCACUUUCUAGGAGAUAAAUAAACCGUCUGGUUUGUCCAUAAGAUAGCACCAUCCUUGAGCCCUAUUUACACUACAGAAAAAAAAAUGGGUCCCGACACUUAAAAAAGUUGGUAUGGACUGGAUAUUUUUACCGUGUAAACCUUCUGGACUUGCUUUUUUCUGUUUUUUUUUUGUCAACUAUCCUUGUUAAAACCUUUUUUUGGUUUAGGCUGGUUAAGCUGACGUUGAUUUUGUCACUUAUUGUAAAAACUUGUCCUGAACUAGUCUUUGAAAGACAAACAGUCCUGUCCAUUUUUCUUUUUACAGAAACAACCAAACAUUGGCCACUCUGUCAUAUCAUCAUCCUUGUCUUACCACAGCCAUCUUGA